CAGCGCCCCGCAGAGCAAGACGAGCCGCUGCGGCUCUGCUGGAUCUCUUCAGCUCGGCGGGACCAGCGCUGCUGCUGCUGGCAUGUUGACACGCAGCUGAACACACGGACCUGCGGGCUCUGCUGCGAGACAGCCAUGGAACUCGACAAAUCUGUGACCUUGUGGGUAUUUUGUUUUUGCCUCAUUGGACAAAGUGUGACUGAAAAACAAAGUUCACAUACACUUGAAAGCCAAACUGUGGAAAAUGGUGUGUCAGACUUUUGUCGGAUCGAUGAGCCCCUAUGCAAUGAUGAGAAUGCCUUUCUCAGCUUUGAGGCGAUAGGUAGUAUCCAUAAGCAGAUGGAUGAUGAUGCCAACGGCAAUGUGGACGUCAUAGAGACAGACGGCUUCCUCAGAGAGGAUCUUAACUACCAUGACCCGAAGGCUAAGCACAACACCUUCCAUGGCGAUGACCAGUUCAUCAGCGUGGAGGACUUGUGGAACGCAUGGAAAGGUUCUGAAGUGUAUAAUUGGACAGUGGAUGAGGUGGUGGAAUGGCUGAUCACUUAUGUGGAACUGCCACAAUAUGUGGAUGCCUUUCGCAAGAUGAAUUUCAAUGGAAGUGCUAUGCCAAGGCUUGCUGUAAAAAACGCCACUCUGACACUCUCUAUUCUGAAGAUUUUGGAUCGCAGCCAUGUGCAAAAGUUGCAGCUCAAAUCUUUGGAUACUGUGCUUUUUGGAGCACCCUUGAUGAAUAGGCAUAACCACUUGAAGGACUUCAUGCUGGUAGUGUCAAUAGUCAUUGGGAUGGGAGGCUGCUGGUUUGCCUACAUACAGAAUCGCUACUCGAAGGACCACAUGAAGAAGAUGAUGAAGGACCUGGAAGGCCUGCAACGAGCUGAGCAGAGUCUGCAUGACCUACAACAAAAGCUGCAGAUUGCCCAGGAGGAGCACCGCACAGUCGAAGUGGAGAAGGUGAACCUGGAGCAAAAGCUCAGGGAUGAGAUAGAUACAGCAAAGCAAGAGGCCCAGCGAUUGAGAGAGCUUCGUGAAGGCACAGUGAACGAACUGAGUCGCCAAAAAUAUGCAGAAGAGGAGCUUGAACAAGUACGCAUGGCGUUGAAGAAAGCAGAGAAGGAGCUGGAGUCGCGGAGCAGCUGGUCGCCACCAGAGCCUCUCCAAAAGUGGCUGCAGCUCACACAUGAGGUGGAGGUGCAGUAUUACAACAUCAAGAAGCAGAACGCUGAACGGCAACUCCUGGUGGCCAAAGAAGGGGCAGAGAAGAUAAAGAAAAAGAGGAACACUCUCUUUGGAACUUUCCAUGUGGCUCACAGCUCCUCCCUUGAUGAUGUAGACCACAAAAUAUUGGCAGCAAAACAAGCUCUGGGGGAGGUGACUGCUGCUCUGCGGGAGAGGCUGCAUCGCUGGCAGCAGAUAGAGAUCCUCACAGGCUUCACCAUCGUCAACAACCCUGGCCUCCCGUCGCUGGCCUCGGCCCUCAACCUCGACGCCAGCUUCAUGGGCGGCAGAGCCACACCUCAGCAUUUCGUCAUGUCUGAUGACAUGGACGACAUGGACGAGGGGGUUGCGCCCGGAAUCCUGCAAUAUGGGAACCUCCGGCUGGAGCGCCGAGCCAGUGACUUGUGGUCCAUUGCUUCAGACUGCCAGCCCAUGUGGAAAUAUCCCGCUCCCAGUAUGCUGUCUCUGCGCCAACGCCACAUUGACCCCCAGCUGGCCAUGGGCUCCCAGAGGUUGGUAGAGAGUUCGCUGCUGGCAGGGCAACAUGGAGAGGGUACUCCCUACCCAUCCGCAUCUAAGGCCUUCAGACAGUCACGCAGCCAGUCGUUUGGGCAUCUUGAAUUUCUUCCUUUGCCUCCUCUUUCCUCAGCUGUUUCUCACCCGUCAGUCAUCUGUACUUCCAACCCAAACCCUCACUCGACGCCAUCUUUGUCGUCCUCGUCGUUCUGCUUACCCAGCUCUGUGGCUGGUAGUGUCGCCCCUCAUUCCUCCCAUGUAUGUCAUGUUUCUUUCCAGCCCAUGGACCCCAUUCCUGAUUUCAUGUUCUCAGAUGUCUCCAAAGUGCACUCCUCAUACAGCAACAGUUUUGGGUACCCGUCUCUCUCCCCAUACUAUGCAUGGGCGCGUGCGUGUGUUUGUAUGUGUUUUUUUUGUUUCCCUAUCUACCAUCUCAGUUCUUUUUGUCCAACAUAUGUUGCUUGGUUCCCCAUUUUUGCGUGUGAUUAUUUUUAUUUUUUUCACUUAUUUUUCAACUCUCACCUGAAUGUGUUGCUUUGUUUAUUUUGCUUUCAUGUCAUUGCACCUCAUCAACCGUUUACCCUCUUUCAACCUCUUACAGUGUUCCAGGUGUUCUUUGCCUUUACGACUAACAAGGACUUAAAUCGCUCCGACUCCGACUCGUCUCUGUCUCUCUCCCAAGUCGGUGAUCGGUUGUCAGCCUACAGCACCAAAGGCCACUUAAUCAAACCCACUACUCUCAUGCACGGGCUGGUCAGCCGGGCAGAGGAUGUGGUAUCGCUGCAUGCUCACACCCCCAAUGGAGGGAACCGCAUUCAUGAGGGGGGUGUUGGAGAGCUCCCCUCUGACAGCCCCAUACUCAUGAAGAAGAUUUACGGCUUGGAGAAGUCACCCAGCCUGGGAGAGAUCAACAGCUUCUCAGAGUCGUCUCGCUCUUUCAGUCCUAACUCGACUGAACCAGAUACACCGUCACCCACAGGUGGGCAAGCAGGGGUCCUGGGGGCCAAAGUCAGCACCCGCAUCCCACAACUGUCCUCCAAGAAGAGCCCUCUGGAGGAAGACAGUGGCUCAACAGGAGAGGACACAGAUUCUACUGCCAGUCGCAAGAAGCACCCCUUCAAGAUUUUUAAGAAACAGAGAAAAUAAGAGCUACAUGAACUAAAGGCUGUCAGAGCUGUUUGACUUUGUCCCUCUGUCUGGUCUGUUUUUUGUUUUACAAGUUCUAGUUUUUUUUCUUAAGCUUCUGGGAUUCAUUUAUGGUCAAAUGAUGGUACUAUUUGUUGCUGUUUCAUUUUUGUGUAAGUUACAACCCCCUAUUGUAAGAGACUGUGGACUGUGGGAGCAACCGGCGGUUUUGCUUAAUCUUCUUACUGGGUCAGUGUUGAACAUGAGGGGAAUGGGCAGGUCUGUACAUUAGAAUGUAAAGUGUUAUUUAUUUCUGCAGGAAAUUGUGCCAGUCUGAAAGGGAAGUGUUUCCCUCUUGGUUUUCUUUCUUGUUCUACGAUCUAUAACAUUUUUGCAUGUCUUCACUUUUGUUGGACUGAUACUCGAAUGCUCCUAAGUGUUUGCUUGGUUCUCGUUGUUUAUCAGCUUAGACAACACUUGAUGUUAUUUUUAUCCUACCUAAGCACCUAAGGUCCAAAGUGAAUGCGUACUCCUCCCUUCCCCUGCUGUGUACCUUGUUUUCAUUGAUGGGUUAUAGGCUUUUCUGUUUGUAUUUAUGUUGGCAGCAUAAAUGACACGUUCAGGGGAACUUCUAGCAGCCGUAGCUGAGAGACUUAAACUUUACCUUUUGACCUCCCAAAAAUGUUACUAAAAGAGCACAGUAUAUUAUUAGUAGCUAACAGAGCUUUUCUGUCCCAGAAGUGACUGAGUUUGAGCUCAUUCAAGAAGCACAUCUCCUGAACGUUACAAAAGGACAAUCAAAAAGCACCAUUUGCCCCUCGUGGUGUAAGGUUUUUAAUAUUUAGGUUUAUGAUUAUGAGACAUUAAAACACACUUCUUGGGUUUGUCAUUGAAGUUUGACCCCUGAUUACACCUAAUAGUCAAUUUUAAUGAUUUUAUAGUAUUUGGCAGAACUGCUACCAAAAUGUUUGCAUCAGUUGUCAGAUCAACUGCCUAAAAUUUUAAGGUCCAGCGUUUUCUGUUUUAUCUCCCUUUGGUGAACAGGGUCAAAGUUUAACUAACUGGCUUGCUAUCCUGCGUCUUACUGUUUGCCCCCCCCUUUUCCCCGCACUCUCCCCGGUUUCCCCAGGUAGAUAAUAAAAGCUGCACAGCAGAUUGUCAGUGAGCGCUGGCUGUUGGUAAGGGCUAAUAUUAAAAAGAAAAUAAUUUCCAUGAGAUAAGAGAUGUCUCAAGUUGUGGAGGCACAAGACCGAUUGUGUACAAGUGCCAAAUCCAUAUUUUUGUCAGAGGCCUUUGCAUUUUUAGUGUGUUCACCUCUUUGAGGCCCUUUAGGCAGAACAUAAAACUGCACGAUAUAUAUGGAGUACUGUAAAUUCAGAGUUUAAAUGCUGAAUGUCCAAGGGUAUUGUAUCUGCAACAGUAUCAUAAGUACAGUGUGUUUACAUUUGUUUAAGAAAAUUCCUAUCCUUAGAUUACUUCGACAAAGAAUCUUGUGCCAGUUCCAAAUGAGAGUUGCUUCAUUUACGCACAGAACUAUGCAUCAGUAGUUGUAGGUGAUUUCUAUUGUAGGGACACCAGUAGUUUUAGGGUGUUCCCAAUGAACAACCAAAAAAAAAAUCUGCUGCCGAAGACUGUCUCUCCCAGCAAAAUAUUGUAAAGAUCAGUUAGAAUGUAAAAGACACAUUUUAAUAAUUUCUUUACAAAAUCAGCUAAAAAAAAAAUCUAUUUCCUACUGGUACUUUUUUCAAGUUGCCAUUUGUACCUUUUUUGCACGACAGCUAUAAAUUGGUGACGCCAUCUGAAUGCGAGAGUGUUUGUGUGCGCGUCUGUCUGCUCUCCGUGUAAUGCACUGUAAUGUUGAUGCAUGUCAACCGUCAACGAAACCUAUAUCGGGUUAAAAGAGGGGAUUGACCCCUACCCAACUUUUCUUGUCUUCAUUUUGAGCUUCUAUUUAUGAAUACAAGCAGUAUAUUUGUACAGAGAAAAUGAUUUUGCAUCUACUGUUGUGGUCUAAACUUUGUUGGCACUCCUGCAUGAUAGCAAUAAACUAUUUUGAAUGAAGAA